AUGUCCCAACAGCAGCAGCAACACUAUCCUUUCCAAACAAGUGUGCCCACAGGACAACAACAAUUUUACAAUCCCAACCAGCCACAUCAAUCACAGCCUUCUUACAACACGAUGGCUAGUGGUGUUGGUGGUAGUGGAGGUAUUGGGGGAGGUUUUUAUCAACCACACCAACAACAACAACCCCAAUGGAACACUCCACCCUAUCAAAGCUUUGGAGGAUCACCACCACCACCACCACCCACAACUACAACUACAACAACCAGCAUCAGCAGUGGUACUACUUUUUAUAAUCCGAUUCUCUCUCAACAACAACAGAACAAGAGUACAACCACUCCACUCGCUCCACCUCCAACAAAUUUUUCUUUCGAUCAGUCUAUCCAUCAUCAGCAACAACAACAUUUGUUGAGUGGUACUCCUCCUCCUGUUUCAUCCUCUUCUUCAUCUCCAAGUUUUAAUCAAUUGCAACAACAACAACAGACAGGUUUCAACAGCAGCAAUAUGAUGACAGAUCAAGCAAAUCGUGGUGUCAGUCCCACUAACUUUAACUCUGCCAUGACUUCAAUCUCCUCAUCAUCACCACCUCCCAUUCUCAGCAGUAUUGGAGAUGGCCAAAAGGUUGCAACACCCACAACAACCAAUAAUAUUACCACUACGAGAAGCAAUGAGAAAAUUGAUCCAAGACAAAUGCCUUCUCCAGUAAGAUUACCCUUCCCGGAGAUGAAUGUCAAACAAGAAUAUCAAACUCCAAGCUUUUUAGAACAUUACAUGUUACCUAGUGGUAGUGGUAGUGGUGGUAUUUCCAAUACUCCAAACACUCCUUCUACUUUUGCAAAUACUCCUCUCUUGAGUAAUUUUGCACUUUCUAAUCCUUCUCAACAACAAAACAGCAGUUCUUUCGGAAUUUUUAAUUCCAAUGUUGUUCCUUCCACCUUUCCGUUCAAUGCAACUGCCAUUCAACAACAACCCAAUACCACAAAUAUUACACCUUACUUUAAUGUUCCACCUCCACCUGCGGAUAGAAGAACUAGAAUCAUUUGUAAAGGUGCUUGUUCUCCAAAUCGUAUUCGUCCAACUUUGUAUUGUAUUCCAAAUACAAAGAAGUUGCUGGACUCGUCUCAAUUAAUGAUGGGAGCUAUGGUACAACCGAUGGCAUCUUUUGAUGUUCAUGAUCAACCUAAUUUCACUCCUUGUGUUGAUUUUUCAAAUUUUGAAAUUUUGAGAUGUUCUCGAUGUAGAGUUUACAUUAAUCCAUUUGUAAAGUUUAUUGAAAAUGGAAAAAAGUAUCAAUGUAACUUUUGUGGCUUUACCAAUACUACUCCUGAUUGGUACUAUUGUCCAACCGAUGUUUAUGGUGUGAGAACUGAUGUUUAUCAAAGACCUGAACUUUCUAUUGGUGAUGUUGAUUUUGUUGCAACCAAACAAUUCUUUGAUAACGGAAGAGAACCACAACCAAUUACAUUGGUUUAUGUCAUUGAUGUUGGACACGAUUCAGUUGAAGGUGGAGUAUUGAAGAGUGUGGUGGAUGGACUCAAAUCAUCACUAUUGACUCAUGGACCCAAAUAUAGAAACUGUAAAAUUACAUUCAUUACCUAUGCCAAGAAUAUUCAUUUCUAUAAUUUCAAAAAGUCAAACAAUGGCGGAGAAGGCUUAAAACAAAAUCAUCCUCAAGUUAUGAUUAUGGCAGAUUUACAACAAAGUUUUGUACCCAUUCAUCAAGAAUCCAUGAUUACUAUUGGAGAUUUAAUUUAUAAGAAUUACACUCCAACCAACAACGAUCCAACAGAAGUUGAUGAAUCACAUUUAAAUCAAUUCUUUGAUCGUUUCUAUGAAUUAGCCUCUCAUCUCGGAGAUAACUCUGCGGAGAAUACUUGUGGAAGCGCAAUGAAAUGUGCCGAAGAAUUACUUUCUGAAAGCGGUGGAAGAGUUUUACUCUUUACCUCCAAAGUUCCAACAUUGGGUCAAGGUAACUUUACACUUCCUCCAAAUGCCUCUACAGCUGAACAAGAACGAAGAAAUCCAUUCAAACUCUAUGGUACUGAUAGAGAAAAGGAAAUAUUCAUCCCUGAAUUAGGUUUUUGGAAGAAUUUGGGAAUCUCAUGUGCCAAGAAACAAAUUGGUAUUGAUAUUUUCCUCUUCUCAAAGACAUUUAUAGAAACAACAAAUUUAGCAAGUGCAUCUCAAACAACAGGCGGACAUGUCUACUUGUAUCAUCAUUUUAGUCAAAAGAGAGACUAUGAACGUGUUAUUUUAGAUAUGAACAGAUUCUUUGAAAGAGAGAGUGGAUAUGAUGCUGUUUUGAAAGUUAGAACUAGUUCAGGUAUUGGAAUUAGAAGAUAUUUUGGUCACUUCUUCCAACAAACAGAGGAUAGUUUGGACCUGGCUGUUAUUGAUUCUGAUACAGCAUUUGGAGUUGAAUUUAAGCAUGAUGAAAGUAAUUUAUUGAAUGCAAGUGAAUCUGGAAAUCACUACAUUCAAUCUGCAUUGGUAUAUACAUCAUCACAUGAUGGUAAGAGAUACCUUCGUAUUCAAACAUGCAAAUUGAAAACAAGCACUGAUUACAACACAUUAUUCAGAAGGGCUGAUAUUGGAGCAUGCUUGGCAUUAUUUUCAAGACUUUUUGUUCAUCAAGUUAUUCAGAAUAGAGAUACAUUGGAUACAGUUCGUGACAUGAUUACAGAUCGUUUGAUCAAUAUUUUGGCAUGUUAUCGUAAGAAUUGUUCAACCAAUCAAGGAUCAGGCCAAUUGAUUCUACCAGAGACUUUGAAAUAUCUUCCAUUAUACUUUUUAGGUUUGGCUAAAUCACCUGCAUUCUGUCGAUACACAAGAGUAGCUCUAGAUAAGAAAAUCCACGCAUUCCACUUGUUGAUGAAAUUUUCAAGUGCACAAGUGAUGCUCUUUUGCUUCCCUCGACUUUAUGAAUUGCAUCAUUUAGAUUUUAGUGAUGAAAUUCGUGCAAGUCGUGCCUCUGAAGAAGGUAAUACUGAAGAGUCUAUCAUACCAAUUACCACUGAUUUUGAUGGCUCCAGAUAUCCGUUCCCUCCUCUAAUUUCUCCUUGCUCAUCAGCCGUUUCUUCGAAUGGAAUUUAUUUAUUAUAUGAUGGCAAUGAAUGUUUGUUUUGGAUUGGUAGAAAUGCACCUCAAGAUAAGAUUGUUGAUUUAUUUGGUGUUUCAAGAUCGGAAGAAAUUUCUUUGCAAACAACGAAACCUCUCAUUUCUUUGCUGAAUCGCAAGGAUGACACUGAAGAUUUAACCAUACCAAACGCACCAUACAUCCACAAAGUGAAGUUUAUCUUGAAAGAGUUAAUUCCAAAAGGUGUCCAACAUGGUGGCAUAUUCGUUUACAAAGAAGGAAGUGAAGGAACGGAUGGAUCAUUCUUUAUUCGAAUGGUUGAAGACAAGUUUGGAAGUGGUAUGUCUUCCACUCCUAUUGACAAGUCAUACACAGAUUAUCUUUGCAUUCUUCACAGAGAAGUUUUGAAACUUGUCUAA